AUGCUUUUCCGCCUCCACCUAUUUUAUUUUUCCUUGUCGCCAUCAAAUUUCACCUUGGCCCAGAAGCGCAAUUUUAUGGCCAGGGCGUCGAUGAUUUGUCCAAUAUACAACACUUGCUCAUUACAUGUGAUGCCAGAGCGUUCCCUCAUUUUUCUUUUUAUUUUCCAAUUCUUUCUUUCUUUCGUUAAAUUUUCAUUUACUUUUUUAGUUUCUAAUUAUUUCUUUCUUUCAGUUUUCCUUUUCUUUUUUCCAAUUCUUUCUUUCUUUCUUUACAUUUUCAUUUACUUUUUUUAUUUUCCUUUUCUUUUUUCCAAUUCUUUCUUUCUUUCUUUACAUUUUCCUUUUCUUUUUAGUUUUCAAUUAUUUCAAUUUUCCUUUUCUUUCUUUCUUUCUUUCUUUCUUUCUUUCUUUCUUUCUUUCUUUCUUUCUUUCUUUCAAUUUUCUUUUUCUUUCUUUUAUUUUAAAUCCUCUUUUUUAUUUUCUAAUUCUUUGUUUUUUCUUUUUUUAAUUUUUAAUUUUCUUUUCCAAUUCUUUCUGUCUAUAUUUUCUUUUCCAUUUGCUUCCCUUCCUUUCAUUCCCUCUUUUUUUUCUUUUCCUAUUUCUUAA